GGGAAUCAUGUCGUUUUUACGGAACCUCUUCCGAGGCGUUCAACAUUCUCCAACACCCGUCUUCCCUUCUGCAAGCUACGUCUCGCUCGUUUGGAAAGCCAACGAGGAAUGGCUCGCCCACUGCAUCAAGCACCCGCUAUUGGAUGGACUAACCAACACAAGGGUGCACAUACUUGGAACAUCUCUCCUCAAUCUCCCAUCACGAGAUGUCCAGCGCGCGAUAUCAAAUUUGAAGGGAAAUCUUGGAUGGAUAUGUGUCGAUGAAGCGGAGGAGAGCGCAAUGUGGCUCAACCGAUAUGCCGCUAUACUCAAACAGGGACACUUUCAGGAUCUGGAGGAGCGAGAUGGGAAUGUGGAAACGUCCCUGCAGGAGGUCCGAACGUGGGUCGAACGCAAGCGAGGUGAAUUUAUGGACGCAGGUGUACCGGACGAAUGGAUAGAUGCAUUGGAGUCGACUGGUCUCCGACCUGGCUGGGAUACCAUCGAGGCUGUCGAGCGAGGCCAGCAGGAAAGAUUACCUGUAGAGUUCAUUGGUAUUGGUCAUGCCGAGGAAACUUCACGGUACUUUUCGUCCUCUGCAAAGAUGGCAAGUAUGGAUCCGAAUAUAACAGAAGAAGCACCCACCGUGGAUCUCCAGUCGGAGCUUCGACAGUUGUUUCACAAAGUGGGAGUAUCGCUUGGGGACAUGAAAAAUAUCAAUACGGGUUCACCGUUAGCAGACAGUCGAUUGCAAUCUCUGGUGCUAGACCCAAAGGGACUGGCUGCAUAUCAUAAGAUUAUCUCAAAGCAUUUAAUGGGCAUGCAUGGAGAAGCGGGACGGCGUAGGCAGGAAGGGGAAGCAAGGAAAGCUAUCAAAUGUGAGCGUAUUAUUGAACGGCUAAAGGACGUAUGUGAGGAAGUGGGAGCACAAAGGGAAGGCGUAAAUGUGCUAGCUGUCAUUGAUAGAAAUCAUGUGGAAGGUGUAAGAAGGCUUUGGGAGGAAGGAGAUGACAAUGAUGAUGUAGAAUAGUUUUAUUGCAUUUGUAGAUAAUUUUUCAAGGAAGACUGCAUUAACAGCAUUAGCAGA